AUAAAAAAAAAGAAAAAGAAACACCGUCCAACUUGCAUACCUCGAGACAUAUCAUUUGCAGAACGAAAUAGCAACUAGUAUUAGCAAUAAGAUGAGUGACGUGACUACGGACGCCGUCACCCUGGAUCUGCUGAGAGAAGCCAGGGAGACGGUGAGGAGCAGCCCCCUGGGUGUCAUCAACACCCCCAUGAUCCCCUGGUGCCAGACCACGCUGCCACUGAGCGUCAGCUGCAACGUCCACAUCAAGCUGGAAAACAUGCAGAAAACCGGGUCCUUUAAAAUCAGAGGAGUGGCCAAUCAGUUCUCCAGAAGACCGAGCGGUGGCCAUUUUGUGACCAUAUCAGCGGGGAACUACGGGAAGUCCUUUGCCUACGCCUCGAAACACUACGGCUCCAAGGGGAAGGUGGUUAUGCCAGAAACGGCCCCUGAAUCCAGGGCCACCCUUAUCCAGACUUUUGGGGUGGAAGUAGAACGAGUUCCCACCUCCUCUCUGAUGAGUGCGGUGAACCGGUGCGUUCAGGAGGACAACAUGACCUUCCUGCACUCCUACGACGACCUGGAUCUAAUAGCCGGACACGCCAGCCUGGGCCUGGAGGUGCUGGAGGCGGUGCCGGACCCGGACGUGGUGGUGGUCUGCUGCGGUGGGGGCGGCCUGCUAGCCGGGGUUGCUGCUGCCAUCAAGCUCUCGGGGUGCGACACAACCAGGAUCUAUGGUGUGGAACCAGAAGGAGCUUGUACGAUGUACCAGAGCUUUAUUGAGAAGAAGCCGGUGUGGAUGGAUACACACAGCAUUGCCUCUGGCCUUGCACCUCCUUCUGCAGGCCGGCUGCCCUUUGAGCUGUGUCGACUCUACGUGGAUCAGAUCGUCCUGGUGAGCGACGAUGAGAUCAAGGCGGCCGUCUCCGCCCUCUACCGAGCCGGGCUGGUGGUCGAGCCGUCGGGUUCCGCCGCCUUCGCCGCGCUCGUCAACGACAAGAUACCCGACCUGGAGGGGAAGACCGUCGUGUGCAUCCUCAGCGGAGGGAACGUCGGGAAAGACGAGCUGGCCAACUUUCCAGACUGAAACGCUCCGAUGUGAUUUUGGAUAAAUCUGAAAGCGUUCCUUCACAUUUUUUCCCCAAUUCAAAAGGGAAAUGUUUUGGACUUUUUUUUUUGUCUUUUAACACAAAUCUUGGAACUAACACUGAAAACCAGCACCAUAAAUUUAUAGCAGAUGUAGUCGAUGACAAAAUUAACUUGGUUAAAGUUAUUACAUUGUUAAUGAAAUUACUUUUUACUGAGUACCAGCACAAAUCACUAGUCAAAGACCAUUUGAAAGCCACUGAAUCUGGAAAAAUUAAGAGAUUUUUCUAGACAUUCGGGCUUCAAGCAAGUUCAAAAUACACAGGCAGUAGUUUUUAGCUUUUGUGGAGUAAUUCUGUUGCCGAAUGCAAAGUCAAUAAAUGCAAGAUUCAAAAUAAAUCUACAAUUUCU